AGGAAGUUAAAGCCCCGCGUGGUUCUGAGAGGAGCUCCCAGUUUCCGCGUGUGCUCCUGCAUGUCCAGCGCCCACCAUGUGGGCCCUCGUCCUGGUGUGGGGCUGCCUCUUGCUCCCAGGUUAUGGAGCCAUGGUGGGCCCCAAGGAGAUCAGUGGGUUUGAAGGUGACACGGUGUCCUUGCAGUGCACUUACCAGGAGGAGCUGAAGACACACCAGAAGUACUGGUGCAAGCAGGGCGGGUUCCUCCUGUCCCGCUGCUCGAACACCAUCUAUGCAGGAGAAGAUGGCCAGGAGACGACAGAGGGCAGGGUGUCCAUCCAAGACAGCCCCCAGACGCUCACACUCCACGUGACCCUGAGGAAGCUCACCCUGCAGGACUCCGGAAAGUACUACUGUGGGGUCUCCAAACUGGGGCGAGAUGAGUCUGUUCUGGUCUCUCUGCUUGUCUUUCCAGGUCCCUGCUGUCCUCCCUCCCCCACUCCCUCCUUCCAGCCUCUUACUACAAGGAGCUUCCAGCCCAAGGCAAAAGCUUGGCAAACUCAGCCCCCAGAAUUGACUUCUCCCGGUCUCCACCAAACAGUCACCACAGCCAAGCAGGGGAAGACAGGGGCCGAGGCCUCUCCGCUCAUGGGGACCUCCCCAGCCCAGCACCCAGGAAGCUCCCCAGACACAGGAACAUCUCUGUACACGGGGACCUCUCCUCACGAAGCAACCUCUCCUCAUGCAGGGACCUCCCGCCCACCCACACAGCCGGACUUCACCUCCGCGGAGGACACCCCUCUGUCCCCCAGCAGCAGCAGCUCCAUGUCCAGUGUCUCCAUCCCAACGGUCCGCAUCUUGGCCCCGGUCUUUGUGCUGCUGGCUCUCCUCCUGGCCGCAGGCCUGGCGGCCCUCAGCAACUAUGUUCUCCGCUGGAGGAAGGAAGCUCACCUGGCCACAGAGACCCAGAGGAACGGGAAGGUCCACCCCUCACACUUGCCGCUGGAGUACACCGUGAUCAACCUCGAAGGGCCCCCUGGGCCCCACGCCAGCCCCAGCCCAUGCACAGAAACCCAGGGCCUCAGCCAGGACCAUAACUGCAGAUGCUGGCCAUUUCAUUCGGGAGUCACGACUUCCAACCUUGCAUCCUCUUUUUCACCCAUCCAGAAAGUUCUUGAACAGCUCGGUGACUUCAGAGGAAGAUGAAGCCCCUUCCCAGGACCCGGAGGGGGACAUGAUUCCAGGGCCUCCCCUCCACAUGUCCGGGGAGGAGCUUGGGUUCUCCAAGUUCAUCUCAGUCUAGCACCAAGGGUUCCCUCCAAGCCGGUCCGCACUAACUCCGAUAAGCUUUCCAGGACAGCUUCAGAGUUCGCCUGCCAGACCCCGGGCUCUCCUCCUGCUUGCCCAGCCUGACCCGGAAGCCUUUGUCAGCCCCCAAACCUGCAGUGGUGGCCUCAGUGGUGCCAGCAGGACCCCCGGACCUCCUCAGCAUGUUCGCAUCCCUGGGAGGCUGGGGGGGGGGGGUAUGCAGCCCCCCAGAGAGCUCGCCAGAGUCAGGCGAGGCUCAGGAGAUCUGGUCUGAGUUUGAAUCUACUACCAGAAAUCCCCCGUGCCUGGGUGCCCAGCAAAAGACCCCCACCUACUUCUCCCUUCCUUCCAUCCUGACUCAGCACCACUUUCUCUGGCAUAAGUGGGCGAGGAGAAGAAAGAGGAGCGUGCUGGGAAUAGACGGGGUUCUGGUUUCUCAAAAUGUGACUGCAUCCCAGUCCUUCAGGAGGCUGGUUAAAAAUGUGCUUCCUGGGCUCUCCCAAGACCUACCAAGACCCUCUCUGUGGCUGGGCCCACAACUUUACAUUUCUAACAAGUGUCCAGUGACUCUAAUACUUGAGUUUGAGAAGCAGUGGGCUCAGGUUAAAGUCUACACUUGGUUUGCGGGGUCUCCCGCCUGCCCCCUCCCCAUAGGGUCUGCUCUGCCCACGACACCAUGACCCAGCUGGGGGCUUUCCUGGGCUGGUCUGAGUCCAGGCCCAGGUCAGGUGCCCAUUGGAAGGCCUGAGCCCCCGGGACUGGCAGGGAGGGGUUACUUUUCCCAGCUCCCUACCCAGCCAUGCAUCCCAGGCUUUGGAAGGAAGCUGGAAAAAAGCUUGGCUCCUUCCUUGUUAAGAAAGAGUUAAUUGCCUUUGGGUUGGGGUUAGGAAGGGGUAGGAAAGCACAGGUGCCUGUGGGCAUCUAAAAGGCUGGAGAGAGGGGACAGGGCAGGAACCUAAGAGAAACCUGAAAGUGACCCUGAGUCUGGACCCCUGGAGAUUGGGAAUGGGGAGGGAAUAGAAUAACAGGACUGCUAUUUGUUUCUUUUUUGGCUUUCUUAAAAAGUGAAGUGGGUGGUCGCUUGGUAUACAAAAGUUAGAAACACAGCGGGGAGGAGAAGAAAACGCACUCAGGCUCAACCCCCACCCCACCCCCCCCCACCCCACCCCCCGCCGCCCCACAAUCCAGCUACAUUUUGUUGCGUUUCCUUCCCAUUUUUUUUAAACUCCACAUCGUUCGCUGGUGUUCUCUGACAAAUGAGUUUGUAUACACAGAUUUAAAUUCUGCUUUCUCCACUGAAUUCUUUCUUUUUUAAGAUUUCUAUUUGUGAAUCAUCUCCACACCCAUCGCGGGGCUCAAACUCAUGACCCUGAGAUCAAGAGUGGCACACGCUCCACCCACUGAGCCAGCCAGGCGCCCACCCACUUAAUUCUUAGAAACGUUUCUCCAUGUUUCACCAAACUUUAUAAAUAAAAUGUGUAUCAGCUCUGUGAUAUUUCCUCAC